AAUGAAUGUGAUGUGAUGGUAAAAAUGGUCAUCAUGCAUAAAUGCACAUGGAGGAUUAUUAGGAGAUGCAUCUUCAGGUCUGUCAGGGCCUUAAGGCUGGGAUGCGAGUGCACAUGGAGAGCUUUUGAGCCUCUGAGAAGGGGAAAGGUCACAGCGGUGACCCCUCAGCAUCAGGACAAUGGUGCUGAAAGUCCAGUCUUCUGCUGGAGCUGAAACACCGAGGCAUCGAUCAGCCGGAGGAUUCUCCUGUCCACAGCCGGAUGAUGUAUCUGUAAUUACAGAGUUCGUCUGAGGCAUCGUGGGUCAUGGUUUGUGAAGGAGUGAUAUGGAUGAGGUGCUGAAAUACUGCAUAUUAGAGCUCUCAGAUAGGAUAUAAAGGCAGGAUGGAGCCACUGAGGACUGUGAACGGACACACUCAGACCUGAAGUGUGCACCACUGCGCGCUGGACCAGAGGGCAUGAUGAAUGUGUGUGGUCUGACUCAGGCAUGUCCUCCUGAAGAGGGUCGCUCCUGCAGUAAAGCUCCAGAAGUGUCCAGCGUCCGGGUUCAGCUGGAGAUGCAGAGUCUGUGGAGGCAGUUUGACCAGCUCGGCACAGAGAUGAUCGUGACCAAAGCUGGAAGAAGGAUGUUUCCCACGUUUCAAGUGCACAUAUCAGGCAUGGAUCCUGCAGCAGAGUAUGUGCUCCUGAUGGACUUUAUUCCUGUUGAUGACAAACGAUACAGGUAUGCCUUCCACAGCUCGUCCUGGCUGGUGGCGGGUCGUGGAGAUGUAGCGGCUCCUGGACGAGUGCACUUCCACCCGGACUCACCAGCACGCGGAGCCCAGUGGAUCAAACAGACUGUCUCUUUCGACCGACUCAAGCUCACCAACAACCUGCUGGAUGACAACGGCCAUAUGAUCCUGAACUCCAUGCACCGAUACCAGCCGCGGCUGCAUGUGGUGUUGGUGGACCGCAGCAGGAACAGUCAGCGCUUCGCCCACCGCAACUUCUGCACCUUCAGUUUCCCUGAAACACGCUUCAUCGCCGUCACUGCCUACCAGAACCACAGGAUCACACAACUCAAGAUCGCCUGCAACCCCUUCGCCAAGGGCUUCCGAACAGCGGAUCCCGAGCACAGGGCAGAUCUGAACAGAGCGGCGUCGAUGGGCCCGACUGAUCCUCCAGCUCUGGGUCUGCCCUGGGCUGAAGCAGCAUCGCGGAGCAGAGAGUGCCAGCGCCACUCAGACACACACCUGCAGCCGGCGGUGGCUGGAUCAGUGAUGGACGUCGCAUCACACACACACCUGUACACACCUGCUCCAGUGUUCUUCAGUCUGCCUGGACAGUGGGACGUCCUGACCCGAGCAGAGCGAGACCUGACGGGAUGAGACUGCACAUGUCCAGCGUGUCCACAGCAGUCUGAUGUCUUGCUUAAAGACUCCAGCUGAUCCUCCAGCACUCGUCUGACAUCAGCUCUCAUCCAUCAUCCAUCAGAACACCAGGCGCUCCUCACCACUGAAAUCAGAAUCACACACACACACACACACACACACAAACACACACACACA